ACAUGACUGGGCAGGGGCACAGCCAUGGGUGGGCCUGUAGCCAGGCACAGCCAGUCAGAAUUAGUUUUUCCCCACAAAAGGGCUUUGUUACAGAUAGAAAUACUCCUCAGUUUCAUCAGCUGUCCGGGUGGCUGGUUUCAGACGAUCCUGCAGGUGAAGAAGCCGGAUGUGGUGUCCUGGGCUGGCGUGGUUACACGUGGUCUGCAGUUAUGAGGCCAGUUGGACGUACUGCCAAAUUCUGUAAAACAACGUUGGAGGUGGCUUGUGGUAGAGAAUUGAACAUGAAAUUCUCUGGCAACAGCUCUGGUGGACAUUCCUGCAGUCACCAUGCCAAUUCCACGCCGAAAUGUUUGCUUUAUAUCUUCUCUUUGCUAAAUUUUUACAUCAGAUGUUGUUGGAAGGAAGUUAGACUUGUGACAGUGAGUGAUACAACAAUGGAAAUUUCACAAUCUUCACAUUUAGUUCUUUUUUCCCCCCAUAAUUUUGCCAAUGAUGAAACUUUGACUAGAUCUUUAAUCAACAAAUAAAGCUUGUUCAGAACUGCAGAUACUUGAAAUCAACUGGUAUAGAGCAGACAGCAAGACCAAAAGAAGAUGACAUUAUUGGGUCAAAGGGUCAGCAUGAAGAAAGAACACAAAUUACGCACAUAAAGAAGAGAGAGAAAGAUGGAGAGAAGUUACUCUGUGGUUAACAUUUCAGUGCGUCAUCAAAGGAAGUCCACAGCGAGUGUGUGUCAGUUGUGAUUCUCAUGCCCUGGGUGUGUGUGUGUGUGUGUGUAGAGGGGGAGGCCACAGCACCUGAAGGCUGAGUGACUGGGUUCAUUCUGAUACCCUUUCAGAAAGAUGAAGCAUCUGUUGGUCUGGCUGCUCCUCUCCUCCCUCUGUUCCCUCUCAUCUUGGGGUUUAAGCGACACGUUGGUGGUGAUCCAGUCUCCUCAUAAUGUAACAGUAACAGAAGGGGACACUGUUCAGAUCCAGUGCUGCUGGAAUACAAAUGUGUCAAGAGCGACAGUUAAUCUGCAUAAAGAAGGACACACCGAGAUAAAAUAUAAUAGUUUACUGGUCAACAACAGUCAGUGUCAUGACAGGGCAUCUCAACAGACUGUAGCCUGUAACUGCUCAAAUUGGACCAUCUCAAACCUCACCAGAAAUGACAUGGGAACUUACAUCUGUAAAGUUACUAUAGAGAUACCAUCUUUUAUUGAAUCCGUGGGGAAUGGGACACAGAUAACAGUUACAUCCCAAAAUACGACAAACAAUGAUUCCUCAGAAGGAAAUCUGCCCCAACUGCUGCCUAUCAUGAUUCCACUUGCUGUCCUGCCACUGUUCCUCAUCGCUCUCAUCUGCCUGUACAGGGCACGGAAAAGACACCAAGGUGGUGCCCCAGACAGAGCAACCAGGGUGAUCCACGAGGCCCCCAACCAUGAGGACGAGGAGUUGAAGAUGGAGGAGCUGGAAGAGGCCGCCAACCAGAGCUCCUCCUCCAGAGGAUCCACCCAAUGGUGUCAAGUCCAGGUGUAUGAAUCACUUGAUUACAUGGCUUUACCAACCCAAGACAAAGGUUAAGGACCGGCUCAGCCCAGUCUGUGAAUGUAUUUUUCUAUUGCGUUUCAUGUGUCAGUCUUUUCUGUAUGUAUUUUACAGUAUGUAUGUACAGUGUCUUUUUGAUGUGUGUGUUUUUGUAUUUGAUUGCAGUAGGUAAUUACUGCUAUUGUUUCUUCUAUAAACCAUUUUUACUGUG